GCUAUACACACCGCUCCUCCCAAGCUACGAAAAAAAACAUGACGCCUGCCCUGGGAAAACGAAAGCGCAUUACGCGCGAAGAGCUCGAGCAGUCGUCGCGCGCGUCGUCACCCUCUUCGGCGUCGCAAAACUCCGAGGGAGAAGACAUGCAGGCCCGCUUCCGCAGAGCCUUCGAGGCAAAAUUCGCACCCUUGGAUAUCGAGCCCGUGAGGACCAAGAUGCAGAGGGUGGAGGAGCCGGCAGAGGAGCUUGAGGAAGACUCAGAUUGGUCCGGCAUCAGCUCCGAGGACGAAAACGAGACCUCAAGUGGUGUACAAGUCUUUGACUACACCGCCGCCGACCUGCCGCGCACGAAAGGCUCCAAAUCCGAGUACCGCGCAUUCAUGUCCGCAAAACCGCCCUCGCUAGCUGCCACGACCGCCGCAAAGCCAAGGUCCGCGCCGAAGCCUACGAAGGAGGACGAUACUGUGGAGGCUGCGCAUAUGAAGAACGACCUCGAACUCCAAAAGCUGCUGCGCGAGUCAACUCUCCUCUCUUCGAACGCUCCUACAUACUCUACCCGUACAGGCAGUACCCGCGAAUCGAAUGAUGCGCGACACAAGUUGACGGAUCUACAUGUUCAGUCGUUAGGCGCAAAGAAGUCGAUAUUCACACAGAAAAGUAUGCCCAUGUCGCAUCGCAAGGGCAUAAGCGCGAAGACGAAGAUGCGCGAUGACAAGAGACGCGCCGAGGCGAAGGAGAACGGCAUCACGUUGGAGAAGGAGCAGAAGGUCCGGAAAUCAGUAGGCAAGAGAGACAGAGGCGUCGGAGCCCCAAGCGUGGGCAAGUUCAAGGGUGGAACUUUGACGCUGAGCAAGAAAGACCUGAGAGGUCUUACAAGCAGUGCAGGGGACAAGUCCAAAGGCAAGAAGGGAAAGCGGCGGUAAACAAAAAUACGCAUCUACAGUCACUGAUGGCCAAACGAAUAGCAUUCAGCAGCUGGACAGUUCAUUUGGCGCUGGCCGACUCUCGGCCUUGUACUAGUGUUUACCGCUUAUUUGCGACCCCGUGUAAACGUAAUGUUCACAUCUAGCAACUGCGCGAGACGGAGCGCUACCCCCUGUAUGGUCCACCAGAUCAGGCUGUCCUUGCAUCUUUUGGCCACGAUUGCUUACUCGCGAUCUGAGCGGUUGAUGACCUCCCGGCGAGAAUUGUAUCUGGAUAAACUGCUGUGCAACCGUCUGCAUAUUAACGCUCAUCCAACCGGUGCUCGGCUGGCUGAGGCGAAUUUGCACUGCAGCCUUCACCAAGUUGCACAGUCGAGUCCCGAUGCUUCUCGACCUCUCUGACGUUGAUAGAGAUCAGCACGGUCCCAUAAAACAAGCAAAUUCUGUCGCGGUAGUAAAGUGCGGCAAAAGACGAC